AACACGUGUGUCGCGCGGCGGACGGCAGCAUCAUGUCGGUGUUUAUGGACCUGAACGUGCUUUUCUCCUCGGACCGGAACCGACUGCAGAGCGUCGUAGAGACCGCAGCUCACCUCGGGUUCUCGACCAUCGCCAUCAACUACGUGUUCGAACCCACGACCACCAAGAAACAGGAAGUCCCCGUCCCCUGUCCGAUCAAUGAGCUGAUCGAUCAGCUGCCCGUGGUGCAGGGUCGGUCCCGUCCAAUCAGAGUGCUGAACAGACUGACGGUGGUGAUGUCAGACUCCAGCCACUUUGUGAGUCUGUUGGCUGAAGCCCAACGUCGACACAUUCCUGAGCGGUUCCUCAGAGGGCUGCUGUUCGGGUUGUCAGACGGAGACGCUAAAGAAGCCGUGUCUUCCACCUGCAGAGCAGUUUUACUGCACGCAGAGACCCGGAGGACAGCCAGCGGCAUCGUCUACACCAGCCGGGUCCAGCAGGAGGCGCUGCACCAGUCUGACUGUGACGCUCCGGCAGCAAAGAGAACCAAAGCGGAUGACUGACAGCUGACCGUCCUCCUCCUGGACCUUUUGUGUUGUUCUGUUGUUUCCUCGGUUCUCUGAGGUUCUUUAGUUUA